AUGUGGCCUAGGCGAAUAACACUCAGCACGCCGCGCCUGUCACUCGUCAGAACCGCACGAUCAUCGCGAGAUCCCAGAAUCUCGCGGCGCCCAAUCCGGAAAAGCUUCCCUCGACCUAAUCAACGAGCUAGGGCGCGCCCGUCAAACAGCCAGCCGCGUGAUGAUACCCAACAGCAGCCCGGCCAGCCCUCAGAGCUUGGUCGGUCAGCACUUGAAGCUCUCUCCUCCACGCUCCAUGAUACCAAUCCGCAAAAUAACAGUUUACUUGCGCCGGUGCAUAUUCCAGAAGACCCGAGUGCUGUGCUCAAAGAUGGACACCCCGCGACUCGAAUAUUGGCCAACUCGGGAUUGGUGGUCCAAAGACAGUUGGAGAUGAUGAACGUCCUGCUUGGUUUCGAACAAGCAAAUAGAUAUACGAUCCUUGAUGCUCAUGGAAAUCAUGUGGGGUAUAUGGCGGAACAAGAUACUGGAAUGGGAACCAUCAUGGGCCGCCAAUUUCUUCAUACUCACCGACCGUUUGUCACCCACAUUUUUGAUAUACACCAGAACGAAGUAUUACGGGCAUUUUACGAUCCUCUAGAAGCGGCAGACGCGACACGGUCUACCGCAGCAGUUCAUUUAGCAGCGGGGCCUACGGGAGGCGUUGCUAGACUCUCCACUUUGGAUCAUUCUCAGAUGCGCGUGAUCGGAGAAGCGCAACAAGAGUGGGCUUUACUCCGGCGGAAAUACAAUCUGUUCCUUUUCCAUGAGCCUCCAGUCAAGGAAACCAAACUCUCCACCCAAGCGAUUUCUUUCUCAAGUUCUGAUUUAUCGAAAUCUCAACAAUCACAAGUAUCUCUAGCAUCGGGCGGCCCUUCGCAGGCCCAACGAACACAAUUUGCCUACGUCAACGAACCCGUGCUUUCGUGGGAUUUCUCCCUCCGAACCGCGAAUGAGCAAUUGAUUGGUUCCGUCAACCGCAAUUUCGCAGGGUUUGCCAGAGAAAUCUUCACUGAUACCGGCGUAUACGCCUUGCGCAUGGAUUCUGCCGGUCUGGAAGAGCAACGGUUACGAGAGGCGACAGCGAGGGCGCAGGCUCACCCAAGCAUUGCACCUCCUGAAUGGGAGACGCCGCCCCCUAUGACGUUGGAUCAGCGAGCAGUAAUGCUGGCUACUGCUGUCAGCAUUGAUUUUGAUUACUUUAGCCGUCAUAGCGGUUCUCCCGGCAUUCUACCUUAUGGGAUGUUUGGACUCGGUGGCGCAGGUGCUGAAAGUGUAGCUGGCGGAGCUGCGGCAGGGAUGGCUGGGGCUGGCACUUUAGCUGGCUACGAAGCGAUGAGGAGCGGGGCCUCAGCAGAACAAGAUCCAAGCCAAGUCCCGCAGCAACAUGAAGGGGAAGAUGCUAGUCCUGGCGAAACUACUUGCGAUGAGCAGGGCCCCGGCUACUGGGAAGAGCCAGUUGACGAGGAGACUUUCCAAGAUCAUCAUCAGGAUGAAUGGCCCGGAGAAUCUGGGGAGGGUGACGAUUCGUGGUCGGACUUUUUCUAG